AUGAGUUUUUCUACGGGCUCUUCUUCGAAGAGUACCUCAUCGGUAGUGGUUGUUGAUGUUCCAAAGCCAUUCAUUCAGGAAGAUGAUCACACGAACAGCGAGAAUGUAGUACCAUUUGAUCAGUCUGUGAUAGAGUGUCGAGAUGCUAACAAUGAGGAACAGGAAGCUGGUGGGUUCAUUUCAAGAGUUUCUACUAAAUUGGAGAAUUAUCACAAAGAGUCCGUUCUAUUGAAUCAGGAAAAUAUAGAACUUCCAGUCUACGAUAACGACUUAUUUGAUCCUUUGUCCAGAGCUGCUACACAGGAUGUUGUUUCUAGGCGAAAUACCUGUCGUAAGGAUUCUGUAGAGGGAAGUAUACCAGAAAUUGAAGAUGAUGGGUUAUACAAUGCGGAUGAUAUUAUAGAUCCUCCGCCAGAUGGUGGAUAUGGAUGGAUUUGCUGUGCAUGUGUUGUGGUAAUGAAUUUCUGUACAUGGGGACCUAAUACGUGUUAUGGUGUGUUUCUAUCGUACUAUUUGUCUUCGAAUUAUUUUCCCAAUGCAACUCCGACCGAUUUUGCAGUCAUCGGAGGUUUGAUGCUUGGGUUGACUUUGUUCCUUUUGCCAUUGUCUGCCAUGUGUAUGAACAAAUUCGGUUACAGACCUGUUAUGUUAGUCGGCGUAUUACUACAGUUCACAUCGUUCAUAUCUUCUUCUUUCGUUACGACCAUUGGGGAGCUUUAUUUCACGUAUGGUAUUCUAUUGGGUUUUGCGAAUGGGUUUAUAUUUGGUUGUAACUCAGUGGUUAUUCCAGGUUGGUUUUUGAAGAAAAGAGCGUUUGCAAACGGUCUUACCCAUAUUGGAGUUGGAUUAGGUGGGUUAGUCUUAACGUUUGCUGUGCAUGCUAUUAUGGAGAAAACGGGAUCUCACAAAUGGCCAAUGAGAUUUUUGGGGAUCAUGGUCUUGGUAUUCAAUACUAUCGCAGCUCUGAUUGUUAAAAUCAGAGUCCCACGUAACCCUCCACCACAGAAAUCUUCUCUGCAAUUGUUGAAAGAUGUCUAUGAUUUCAAUGUUUACAAAUUAACUCCCUUGCAGUAUUGUACGCUAUGGUCCACUAUGACCAAUAUUGGAUACGUUAUCCUACUAUUUUCAUUAUCAAACUAUGCAUUGUCCAUCGGAUUGAAUUCUCAGCAGGCUACUGUGACGUUAGCACUAUUUAACGGGGCACAGAUCAUUGGACGGCCAGCUAUGGGAUAUUUCUCUGAAAAAAUUGGUCGUGUCAAUUGUACAUCGAUCUGUAUGUUUUACACAAUCCUUCUUUUAGGCCCAUAUUGGUUCAACGUCGAUAGCUAUUCAGCCAUACUCGGCUUCACAUUUUUAUUAGGUUUGGCAGCAGGUGUUUCAUCCGUUAAUGUCAUCCCAUUGAUUGCCGAUGUUACUGGUAUGGCUCAUUUCCCAGCUGGAUUAGGUUACAAUAACAUUUGGAAUGGGUCCACUGCAGUGGUAGCAGAAAUUUUUGCAUUAAAAUUGAGAGAUUAUUCGUUACCACAACCAUACCUCCAUUGUCAGAUAUUUGUCUUAGUCAUGUACUUUGUGGGUCUGUUGGCAUUAAUCCCUUAUCGCGAGUGGAAGGUAAGAAGAAUGUUGAAUGCACGGAUAUCCGGUAAGAACGUCGAUGAUAAGAUUCGAUUGAAGUGGCAUAGAGUACUAGAGCCCGGUGUAUUGAACUAUUUCAAACGUGCAUUUUAUCUAGUAAGAUGCUGA